CGGUUCCCGGUUCCCACCUGGAGCCGCCGCCGCCGCGGGACCACCCUGUCCGGGGAGGGGGCGAGCCAAUGGCCAGGAAAGAACCUCUGCUGAGCGCCCUUAAAGAUGGGGUGCUGAGGCUGCGGGAGAGCGGGGGGCCCUGCACGGACACCUCCCCACACCUCAUCUCCUUCUGCCAGCUGCUGGAGAGCAUCCUGCGCAAGGGGCUACGGCAGCCAACCUGGGGCUUCAGGAGACGGGAUUACUGGCACUGGGUAGAGCAGCUUCCCACUGGGGACAGGCCGACCCCUCUCUCCAUCAGCAUCCAGAAAGCCGGUGGCUGUGGGAGGACCCGGACGGUGCAGGGCCGCGGGCGGUACUUUCUGCGCUUGGCUCUGCAGGGGAAGGUGCUGGAGGUGGCCGUGAGGCAGCUGGUGCAGACCCCCCGGCUCCUGGAGUUCUACGAUCCGGUGAGCUCCAUCCUUGGCAAUGAAGACCUCCUGGAGCCCUUCCUCUCGCUGCUGCUGGUGGUGACAGAGGUGGAUUUCUCCCUGGACCUGCAGAACUGCAGCUUCUUGGACGAAAGCUGGCUGCUGCCGGUGUGCAUCACUUAUGAGACGGUCCCGUGCCGAGCGUUGGGGAUGGUGCUCAGGUAUGUGGAUGGCCGAGUGUUUGUCACCAAGGUGCUCCCCGAGAGCCAGGCGGCGGUGGAUGAGGUGGUGCUGGCCGGUGACAUCCUCGAUGAGAUCAACGGCUACUCCCUGAGAAACGCCUACAGCGGGCAGGCUGGAGAUGUGCUGCAGAAGCUGAAGGGCCAACCGCUCAGCUUCCACCUGCUGCGGUGGCGGUGGCACGAUGGGGAGGUCUACGAGCCACUGCUGCCCUACCUAAAGGUCCUGAAGGAGAAGGAGCCCCACUUCCAGCUCCAGUGCAGCCCCCGGCGCCAGGGUGAGGGGGAGCAACGGAGGCUGCAGGGGGGCAGGCUGCUCUACAACCUGCGGUACCUGGGUCGGACCAGCGUUGGGAAGUACGGUGGCAAAGAGGUGCUGGACCGGGCCAUCCCUGCCGUGCUGGAGGGGCACCGGGCAGCGCGGGAGGUUUUAUUUGAUGUGAGGGAAGCAGAAGUCCUCGUACAGGAGAAGACCUCUUCCAAGGUCCUGUGGCGCUACCCCUACCCCACCAUCUCCUGCGUGGGACGCUGCUUGGACAGGAGCAAUUUAUUUGCCUUCUGCGUGGCCACUUCCCCCGGGAGCCCUGACGGGAGCACGUUCGAGUGCCUGGUGUUUGCAUCCAGUUCGGAGCAGGAAUGCGAAGAAAUCAUCAAGAGAAUUGCUGCAGGAUUUAAACACACGGAGUGGUUUGUCUGAGAAGGAAGAGCCCUGGCUCCGGCCCCGGAGCUUCCCUGGACUGCGCCCGGGCCACCCGGCAGCACCCCCAGGGAUGCAGCACCUCCAGGGAUGCUCAGCAGGACCCUCAGGGAUGCAGGACC